GCUCUCUGCCUCAUAACUUCAAAGACUUAUAAUAAAUGAAAAUGAUAAUCCAUAUCUUCUUCAUCCUCUCCUUGGUUUCACCCAUCUCUUUGGCCUCUGUUUUAGACUUUUGUGUAGCCGAUACAAAGGGUCCUCAAAACCCAUCAGGAUACUCUUGCAAGAACCCUGACCAAGUCACCGAGAAUGACUUCGCGUUCUCCGGUCUCGCCAAAGCCGGAAACACUUCCAACAUCAUUAAAGCCGCUGUGACUGCAGCCUUUGCACCUGCCUUCGCAGGUCUCAAUGGCCUUGAUGUCUCAUUGGCUCGUCUUGACUUAGCCGGUGGCGGUGUCAUCCCUCUUCAUACCCAUCCUGGUGCAUCUGAGGUCCUUGUAGUCAUACAAGGAACCAUACGCGCAGGAUUUAUCUCCUCUGCCAACAAGGUUUACUUGAAGACUCUCUCGAGAGGCGAUUCCAUGGUGUUUCCUCAAGGGCUUCUUCAUUUUCAGCUUAACUCUGGGAAAGGACCUGCGUUGGCCUUUGUUGCCUUUGGAAGCUCUUCUCCAGGGCUUCAGAUUCUACCAUUUGCUCUGUUUGCAAAUGAUUUGCCUUCAGAACUUGUUGAAGCCACGACGUUCCUUAGCGAUGAAGAGGUUAAGAAGCUUAAGGGUUUGCUUGGAGGAACUAAUUAAGCUUCUCUUUCUGAGAGCAUGUUUAUUGGUAAAACCCUUAAGUGUUGCUUAAGUGGACCAUAAUGAAUUUUUAACUAUUAAAAUUAAGACAAGCAACUUUGUUAAGAAACAUUUAAUUAUUUUGGUUUAUUGGUAGUUGUUUAAUUAAAGUUCUUAACAAUAAAAAGAAAGGAAGAACAUGAGAAGGAAGAACAAAGGCUUGUGAAUACAAUUUCAUUACAAGAUAUUAUUUAUACAAGUUUGUGAAUACACAAUCAUCACAAUCUUUUGCAUGCAUAUAGAGAUAAAAGAGAUUUACAUUAAUAGGAAGAUGAAGUGUGUUUAGGAUAUCGCUGGAUGCAGUGAGGAUUUCGGUGGAGCGAGGGAGAGAAGCACCGAGGGAGGAGAAGCACCGGUGGAUCAAGGAGAAGUGGUGGCGGACAAGGAGAAGUUUCGAAGAAAGGUUUCUGCGACAGCGCUAGGUUUUUAAAGCAUAAGAUUCAAAUACAUAAUUGAAGAAUUCAAACACACAAUUUUUUUUUGAAGGAUUCAAACACAGAAACAAAAAACAAAGCUUUACCUUUCGACUGGAGUCAGUUGCAUGAGAUUUUCUUUGUUGGGAGCGCCAGAGAGAGAGAUAGAGAAACGGGAGCGUUGGUUUUUUUUCUUCGUCGGGAGUAUUGGCUUCUUUUUUUUCCUUCUCAAACUCCUCUGCCCAAUACAGUUAUAACACGUGUACUUAAGGCACGUCCCUUCUAUCGCUAAUUUAAGCUACGUUCCUUGCUUUAGUUACAAUUUUUCUUUUUUCUUUAAAUCUAAAUUGUACUAAGCAACUCCAUAAGAGCCCUCUAUAAACAUGCUCUGAUUAUUUUCUCUAAAUUUUUGUGUGUGUUUAUGAGUUCUUUUAUUCAAUGUUCUUCUAGCACUCUCAUGUUUAUUCGUAUGGUCGUGUGUUGUGUUGCUACUUGUCUAAUUGGCUUCAAUUGUAAUAAGUAAAAUAAGCAUUACAUUGCAAACAUCUAAAAUUCCUCUUA